AAACAUUUUGGCAAUUUCUAGAGAGAGAAAGAUAGAAAGCUUUGUUCAUGGAGACCAAUCUCAAUAGUCAAUACUAGAAAAUGAUGAGGAAAAUGAGAGGCUAAGAUUGACCCCUCUCUCUCUCCAUCUCUCUCUCUCUGUUGUCCGAAGAAUCACCGAUCCUGGAACGAAAACCAAAUAAUCUGAUGCUGAUUCGGUUUGAUUAUUGAGUUAAAUCAUUAGAAACAUGUCGUCGCGUGCGGAUCUGGAUCGGCAGAUCGAGCAGUUGAUGGACUGCAAACCUUUAUCGGAAACGGAUGUCAAGACGCUUUGCGAUCAAGCUAGAGCUAUUCUUGUUGAGGAAUGGAACGUACAGCCGGUAAAGUGUCCGGUCACGGUCUGCGGCGAUAUUCAUGGACAAUUUUACGAUCUUAUUGAGUUAUUUCGUAUUGGAGGAAGUGCUCCGCAUACAAACUAUCUUUUCAUGGGCGAUUACGUUGAUCGUGGUUACUAUUCGGUGGAGACUGUAACACUUUUAGUGGCCCUUAAGGUUCGUUACAGGGACAGAAUUACAAUCCUCCGAGGAAAUCACGAAAGCAGGCAGAUUACUCAAGUGUACGGUUUCUAUGAUGAAUGUUUGAGGAAGUAUGGAAAUGCUAAUGUUUGGAAGCAUUUUACUGACCUUUUUGAUUAUUUACCCCUCACAGCACUUAUUGAGAGCCAGGUUUUCUGUUUACAUGGAGGACUCUCGCCUUCUCUGGAUACAUUGGACAACAUAAGAACCUUGGAUCGCAUACAAGAGGUUCCACACGAAGGACCUAUGUGUGACCUCCUAUGGUCUGACCCUGAUGACAGAUGCGGGUGGGGAAUAUCUCCCCGUGGAGCUGGUUAUACCUUUGGGCAGGACAUAGCCACUCAAUUUAAUCAUACAAAUGGGCUCACUCUAAUUUCAAGAGCUCACCAACUUGUGAUGGAAGGUUAUAAUUGGUGCCAGGAAAAGAACGUGGUGACAGUUUUUAGUGCGCCUAAUUACUGUUACCGAUGUGGGAACAUGGCUGCAAUACUGGAAAUCGGGGAGAAUAUGGAACAAAACUUCCUUCAGUUUGAUCCAGCCCCACGACAAAUUGAACCUGACACGACACGCAAAACGCCUGAUUAUUUUUUGUGAUACAUGUUCAUACUGCUGUCAGUAACCGUCACUGUUUGUUUACAUCAUUCUGCCACCAACAAACAGGUUCUUAUUCUUUCAACUUGCCAGCCAGACACUCUUCUGUGUUCAUUUUAGUAGUGCUGUAAGGAAUUCAGAGGUUUAUUUAAUUUCAUGUUUUUUUGUGGAUGUCAUUGUAUAUUUCAUUAUAAAAAGGGAUAUGAAGGAACAAUGACAUGUUAUAAAUAUGUUAAAAUGUAUUUUUUUUCUUCUAGAGGUACAAUAUAUUUUAAUGGAUGUGUGUUAUUUGA